AUUACAAAUGAAUCCGAUGUGUGGCAGCGGGCGCACCUUCGGUUGUCGGACCGCCGUCAAUCGUUGACACUCAUCGGACGGCAGGUCUACGGAGAAGAUCGUCCGGCGCAACUCAACGGCGCUGCACACAGCCAAAUUCAUUUGCAAAAACCGACGGUGUGAUUGACGAUAAGCGGCGACCUUGAAUCUUACUUACGGUGGAGUGCGCUAAUCAUUAACGGAGCAUCGGGCGGAGGACUAUCCAACAAAACCAGAAGGAUCCGAGGUUCGUCAGUUUGUCGUUUACACCAUCAUCAUGUGCCUCGACGGUCCGACCAAACUACCGGUGGCCUCGUCGCAGCAGCUACUCGAAGAAGCUGCCCAGGCCGAACUGGGUUCGAACGAUGUUUCCAUCAAUCUGACGGCCGGUUCCAACAAAGGUGACAACUAUCUUGGUGUGGUAUUUCGAGCCGAGGCCGAAUGUCGCGGGACGGGGAAGAGGGUCAGUAUCAUCGCCAAAUUACCGCCGACCAGCGAAGCCCGCCGGAAGCAGUUUAUUGCACGGGCUAGUUUCGAGCGGGAAAUCCUCUUCUACACCGAAAUCUAUCCGAUGAUGGUAGAGUUCCAGCGGGAAAAGGGUCUUGACACGAGCGACGGACGACAGGCGUUCAAUCAGAUUCCCCGUUGUCUCCGGACUUGUUUGGUUGACUGUGAAGAAGCUAUCCUGAUGGAGGAUUUGAAAGCGUCCGGUUUCGAUAUGUACGAUCGACACAAGGCUUUGAAAGUGGAACACUAUCGACUGGCGGUAAGCGCACUGGCUCGGAUGCACGCGAUUUCCUUUGCGCUGAAGGAUCAACACCCGGAACGGAUCGAUCCGUACAAGGGAAUGGUAGAUCUAUUUCUAGCGAAAGAGCCAGACGAAGCGAUGGGUCAAUGGUUUACGGUGAUGAUCGAUCGGGCUCUGGGAACGUUGGAUAUUGAAACGGAAUCGGAGGUAUAUGCUAGGACGAAAAAAGCUCUGGACGCCGAUUUCCUGGACAUUGUGAAAAGCUUAACGGAUGGAAAAGCCGCCGAACCGUACGCCGUUCUCUGUCACGGCGACUGCUGGAACAACAAUAUGCUGUUCAAACAUGAGAAAGGAUCACCGGUAGAUUUCCGCCUGCUGGACUGGCAGAUCUGCCGUUACGCUUCACCGGCUCUCGAUCUGAUGUAUUUGAUCUUUACUUCAUCGAACAAAGCAUUCCGUGAUCAACACUACCAAUCGCUGAUAGAUCUGUAUCACCGAAGCCUGUCGGAUUUCCUGCGCCGCCUAGGAUCCGAUCCGGAAAGGCUGUUCCCCCGCGAAGCCCUAGAUCAGCAAUUGAAGCAGUUCGGUCGCUUCGGCCUACUGAUGGCAGUUCUGAUUCUUCCAAUGAUCACCACUAAAAGUGAAGAUGUGCCGGAUCUGGAAGAAAUGGCCGAGAAGAUGGAAAAUGGUUUCAACAUCGCCGAUGAGAUGAACAAUUUCCGCUCCGAAGACACGGAAGCCAUCUACCGGCAGAAGAUGUCCGAUUGCUGCCGCGAUAUGGUUCAGUUUGGAUAUAUCUAGUAGUUCGGAGUCCGAUGAAUACAGUAUUUGUUUAACUGGUUUCCGAUGGAACCGCAAAAUCUGCACAUAUCUACCAAAUAGAGUAUUUUCCACAAUAUGAUUGUUUAAUUAA